AUGGAUCAGCUCGACAUCAGAGUCAUCAAGCCAGCGGCACAGGAUGAGUUUAUCAACACCCACAACCCUGUAUACACGGGCAGCGUGCUCCUCAAGCUGGCGUUGUUGUACCACGACACUGGACUCUCUCUUGCCAACCACCAUCUCAGCAUCUUCGCUACGGCACACCUGUACAAUGCACUGCGCCAGCUGCAUAUGCUGCAAGAUAAAUGGCAUGUGAUGGAUCGUAUUAUUGAGCUUCACAAGCGGGCUCUCUUUGCCGAUGCCAUUCCGACGAGGACGGCGGACAUGGCCGACCGCUUGAAGUACAGACUCGACGCAACGAGAAAGACAUUCUUCCGGGACGAGAAGUACAAGUUCAACGAGCGAGAUUCAUUUCAGGCCCUCAAAUCAAUGUUGGACCCGAGCAUCUCUAACGGCAAGGCCCUAUACCAGAUCGAACAGCAAGCAAUAGACCACUACAAGAACUCGCUGCAGCCCACAAAGGGGGCGGCAGCAUUCCAACGCCGAAAGCAACAGUUCACGCCGGUGGACCUCGUGGGUAGCUUGCAAGAUGCACUCACCCCAGUCUUGGACGAUCUCAGCAUAGAUUAUAUCCGCCUGACAAAGCGGUGCAUUCGCCUUCUAGGCGAUUUUACGAAGCUGUUCAAUGUACACUUGAUAUCCGAGGGAGUCGAUGAGAUUCGAUGUACUUCCGUGAAGGACAGGAAUAACACUAACGACCAGGGACACCUUAUCAUUGCAUUCGAGGCCCUGCAGGAAGCCAAGUCAGUAAGGGAGAUGGGCAUCUACAAUUACCGCGCGGGUGAGGGGGAGGUGAACGGCUACAGCACCGCGAUGAACGAUGAUCCCGACGACGAAUACCGUCGUGGUAUGGGCCUCCUCACCGCGAGCCAGCUUUUCAGGCGGCUCCUAACCAAAGAGAACACUGAGUUCCGGUUCCUGCCCCUUGCGUCGCCACAGGCAAGGGCUCUGACAAGCGUCGACCCCAACGAAGCCUACGGGGCGUAUCCGACGCAUAACGAAGAGGGCGUCUCGUUCGUGCAGGACCAAGUUCGAUGCAUCAUCACGGCAUCCUCGGCCGCGGAGCUGCAGAAGCUACUGGGCAGCACCACCUACGCGGCCGUCGACUUCUUCGCCGACUGGUAUUUCAGGGAACCGACCGUCCCACAGACCUUUUUCGAAAUGGCCCAUAAGCACGGGAUCCCCGGCGUCCUGAUGUUUGCGCCCGCCAACACGGACGACAUGCGCGACUUCGCUGCAAAGCACCAGGUGAAGACCGAGUCCGGCUUCUUGUUCUUCAAGGACGGCAGGCAGGUCGCUGUCGAUGGGAAAACGGUGGUCGGCGGACGCGAUCUGAAGGGCCUCCGGGCAGCAGCUGUGAAGCUGGGCGGGUUGGCUAAGAAGAGAGCUGCACCUGCAUCUUAG